UGAUGUUAUAUUGGGAACUCUACUCUGAAAACCAGGGUCUGGACAAUUAGAAAACAGAUAUGGGCAUCUUUUAAAAUCUCUCCCUUGUGACUUAAAAAAGAAUAAAUUUGAAAUAUGUUGAACUUGUGUGUUGGCAUAUACAGGAAUUCAAUCUAGCUUUCCAUAAAGCAGAAUUAAAUCUUAAUGUAAACCACUCUACUUUUUAUUUAUAAAUUAGUAUUCAAAUGAACCAAACACUUUUUAUUAAAUAUACUUGAUACAGCAUCAUCAACAGAAUCUGCAGACAGUUGACGCCAUCCCUUAUAUUAGUUACUCUAACUCCCUGCCUGGAUUUCGGACCACCAGUCUGACUCUUGUUCUUACUAAAGAGUAAAUGCCUUGAUUAUUAUAGAAUAAUGGUGAAUGAUAUGAUUAGGAAAAUUCUUAUAUUCUGAUUUUAUCCCAGUCACAUUAUGACGACGGUGAUAAAAAAGUUGACUAGAAUUUAUAUUUACAUAUCAUGUGUGUGUGUGUGUUCAUAUUUGCUCAUUUCACAAGAGCAAAUAUUUUCUAGAGACUAGUUUCACAAGGGCUAACUUAUGUACUUUGUAUAAAUUAGUCAAAUAUUGUUUUCUGAGAUUAAUCUUAGUGCCUGGUGGUUCUCUAUCUCACUGAUCUCUUAUGUAACCUGUGAAGAGGGAAUUCUGAGCAUUGAAAGGGUCAUUCUUGGAGAUUGAAAGAAAUAAUGUAGACACCCCUAAAAAUCAUUGAUAAGCUAAAAUUCCGAUGAAAGGGGAAGUGAAAAGGGAGCUACCCAUUCAGCACAUAUUUUUGAAGGAAGUGGCCCAUCAGUAACACUUCCUGGCACUUAUAGAAAGCCUUCAAGGCAGCAUUAGGAAACAUGUUCUGUGAGCAUUUAGAGGAAGGUUUGGAUAGGAAACGAUUACUGUCAUCACUUCUCUGGACAGUGUUGGGGUAGGGCUCGGGCACAAUGCACUCAAGAGCAUACCUCCAUUCCUCUUCUCGGCACUGAGAUCUUUCCUGUUUACGGACUGUCAGGAUUCCCCAUUGCAGGCAGUUUUGUGCUGGUCUCAUGUCAGCUUCCUUGGUCCUGUGCUUUUGGGCUGGGUGUGCCUAGGGCAUGAAGUGUCUGCGUCUGACACAGCCAGGGCUGACCACAUGUUUCCUGCAUGGGCUGUGCUUUCUAUGUGACACACGGGCUUUAUUUGGUGAUGCUGGUCAUCAAAACUUUUAAAACAUCUGCUCAUAGACUUUCUUAAGAGGGGGAAAUCAUCACAUGGGCUUUGCAGCCAACAGGGCUUGCAGACUGAGGUUGCUCUCUGAGCUUGCUUCUGUAGCUAUUCUCUUUUACACAGAGAGAUUGACAAUGGAUUCCAUGACUUCCAGGCUCAGGGUGAUCGGACUGAGGACCUGGGGAAGAGUUUCAGGAAACUACUUCUUUAAUUGAUUCUCCUUUGAAGUAAAACACAUUUCAGAGAAUAAUAGCUAAGAUUUGACUCCAAAGCUUCCGUGUAGAUGAAGAAUUCUUCUGGCUGAACUGUAUAGUUGAGGUUCAAUUACCUUAGCUCCCAUUGAACCAUAUUCUAAACACCUUCCUUUGUAACCAUCACCUUGUGCAGAAGUCUAUAUUUUUAGCCUCUAAGCAGAGCUUAAGCACUGUAUUUAGACAUCUGACUUGAAGACUAAAAUUUGCUCAGUGAGCAGAACAAAUGUUCAGAAAAUAACAUUUCAAGGUUAGUGUUAGUGUCCUGAAUAAAAUGCCUUUUCUUCUUUUUUUCCUCAUUGAAUGUAACAUAAAUAAUGUGCCCUGACUGGCUUUCAAGAUUAAAAAUCAGAGAAUAACGGUGAAGUUGGAGACGAAAGUAGGAAUAAUUAAAAAUUGAAGGGGCUUUUGUUGAACAAUUGUUUGCCUGAAACUAAAUACACGUUUUUAUUCCUGAUUCAAUAGGAUUAUGGAUCUUAGAAAAAUUUUAAAAACUAUAUAGUAAUGCUUGUAAGAAAGGGGUGGGCAGAAUGAGCUCAUAACUACCAUGAAAAAUAUUUAAAGAAACACACACAUGCUGUCACAGGCAGCCACACACACCUGAGUGCACACACACAUACCUGAGCACACACACCUGAGCACACACACACACACAUGAGUACACACACAAACACACACACACACACACCUGAGUAAACACAUGCCUGAACACAUGAACAAACACAUGAAUCCUUGGGUAUAUUGAAUAAAAAAGAGACACUAUUUAAAUAUUAUUUGAUAUUAAUCAUUAUAACUGAAUUUAGUAAUGUUUGAUCAUUAACCAUAUACUAGUUAUAGUACAAGUCUUAUUGUAUAACUAAUCUGAUUUAGUGCAUUUCUCCAUCUUGUAAAUUAAAAAAACAUAAUAAUAUUCCUGACUCAUUUUAGUGAGUAAUAGUACAUUGUGGAUCCUUUUUUAGGAAGAGCCCUAAAUGGUACCCAAGACACUAUAGUGUUAAGAAAUUAAACAAUCAUAAAACCCAUUGUUCCCACAAAAAUGAGAGAAGGUUUUGCUGCCUGCUCCAGUUAAACUUCUUGUCACUAGUUAAGUAUCCUAGCUGAUUAGCAUGACCUACAUUCUCUUAAGUACUGCAUGAGUGUGGCUAAAUGGAAGGAUACUGGAGGUGGACAUGGUGGCAUGCGCAUAAACACAGCACUUAAAAGCAGAGGAGUGGGGAUAGCACUAAGGGGUCAAACUGAGUUUCAUAACAAGAGGCUCUGUCUUAAAACCAAACAAAAUAUCAUCACUAGCAAACAGCAAAAAUGUAAAGAGAAAGAAAUACACCAGGGAAGUGUAAAAUCUGUCACCUGUGACUUGUGAGCUAUUGAGUCACUGGUGAGACAAGUUUCAUGGUUGCCUUUGUAUGGGUUUUUGUAUAAUUGGAUAUUAUUGCUGCAUAUGAUUUAAAUAAUUGAAUAAUUAUGAAUUAUGAUAGCUAAAAAUAGCAUCAAGGUGCUGGCUUAAUCAUGGGCUGGUGCGUGCACAUAGGAGUUUGUUUUCAUUGCACAUUGACCCAUAGGGCAAAUUCUGAGACUUACUUCAUUUCUUGGCUUUGGACCUCGUGUUUUGACUUUUAGUUCAGAAAGCAUGGACUCAGUUAGACAUUGAUUUUGUGCUAUCCCUGGUUGUUCUCACCAGUUCCACUUUCACACCAUGGUCCUACAGGACAGAGGGGCCUGCUUUGUCCCCACCUUGUUGUAUAAGUUUUACUUUAAAGAUCAUCAUGGAUGACCUCUCUGGCUUCCAAAAGAAGUAGCUUUGUGCAGUGUUAAGACACCGACAGUGUCAUAAGCAUGAGUAGCAAUCACCUUGGAUCCUCCAUUUGUCACUAAUGAAAUCUUCUUCUAAGACUUAAUACUGCGGGGAAUUAGUCUCCUCAUCUGUCAAAUGCCUUUAAGAAAACUUAGCCCAGAUAGUUGUUGUGGUAGUUAAAUAAGUGAAGAAUUUCAAAUUUCUCAUAAGAUCUGUUGGUACACUUUUCUAUUUCAUUUAAUUGAAACACAACACUCAUUCUUACUAUUGUUCGAAGUGAAGUUUUUCUUAUGUAUUUAUAGUAUAUUGGAUGUGAUCUUUAGCACCUCAUGAUUAAAAGUGAUAUGGUACAUUAGUAACAGGAUGAGAAGAGAGUUAUUUUCAUAUGAAUAUGAGAUAUACUUCAUUCAAUUUCUUCUGGGUCGUCAGACAGGUUUGUUUUUGUCCAGAGGAAAAAUAGAAAUGCACAAAGUGAAACUAAAAAUGAAUAAAAUUUCAGAAGUCAAAGGACACACCCUACAUAUUCCAAGCUGUCUGUUUGGUCGUGUCCUAUUAAAUAUCUGGAAGAGAGGGUUUAGAGUUUUUGUGCAUGUCAUGUGCACAUUUGUACGCUGAGCUGUGGACAGUAAUACACAUGUACUUUGUAGCCUCUCCCAUCCUUUACAGUACACACUACAAAUGCACGCUAUGUCAUUAGAUGAUUUUAGUGCGAUGUGUGACGAUGCACAGAAGCUGGUGUUCAUCACAGAAUAGUGACAUUAUUUAUUUUUUAAAACUCAGACCUGGGCACAACAUAGAGAUUUCUUGUAGAUGUUCAGUGACAGUCUGAACUAACAGUAUUAUGACAUUUACCUGGAGAGUCACUUGCCACAACCAUUAUUUCUGUUUUCUUUGGAUUUCUUUCUUUCUUUCUUUCUUUCUUUCUUUCUUUCUUUCUUUCUUUCUUUCUUUCUUUCUUUCUUUCUUUCUUUCUUUCUUUCUUUCUAAAGAAAUAGUGUCAUCUUCAAAGUUAGAAUAGUUCUACAAUUUUGCUCCUAGGGGAUGUGUGCCAUUCGCUCCUCCGUCAACUGUAUGUUUCCCAAGUUUGUUGUCAACAUCUUAGCGUCAGUUGAUAGAUAAAAGUGAUAAUCUUUCAGUUUCCAUAUGUAGAUAACCAUUGAAGUUGACUUAUGUGUUAUGCUUUCUGGGGGUAUACACCUACUCAGCGCACAUACAUUCACCUACAUCAACACACAGCAAGCUAGUGAUAUCUUAUUCCAAUGGCCAGUUUUGAAUUUGAAUACAUGUCAGGAACCAAACUCUUGAUUCGGUAUAAUCACCUCAAUAUCUAUGUUCACGUGAAUGUCUAAACAUUUUCAAGAGACUAAAUCUGAGGUGCCUUCCUAAAGAAGACAUAUUGUAGGAUGCUUUGCUAUAAAACUUUUUAUCUCUACUCUUGUGCAAGGCAACUGGUAAUUUUGUUUACUCUGUCUUCCUCAACAGUAUUGAAUUCCCAACUUGGAAACCAUCAAAUAUCUGCUUUGAAAGUUAACAUUGAAGUUAACAUAUAGCUGAAAGAUAUAGUUUAUAAAUGGAAUAUUCUUCUGAUCGUGCAGUAUUGAAAUGAAUAUGCUUGAAAACAUAUUUAAAGACCCAAACAACAGUCACUGUAUAACUUAAGACAGUGUAGGGUAAUUUCCUUUCAAAAUCAGCUGCCUGCGUAGCUGAAAUACUUGAGAAAAACCACAAAAACACGGUCUCCGACAGUUAUACCAUCAUUCCAUGCAAUUAUCUCUGUUUUAAAUCCCCUUUUCUAAGUGUAUAUACAUUUCAAAAUUGAAAAGAAAUAAUAGUCAUGAUAAAAUUUGAAGUGUCUAUUGAUUGUGUAUUUCAAAUAUCCCUGUUUUGUGUGAAUUUCAAAGAAGUGGGCUUUUUUAUGAUGUAAAGUUUGGUACUUUUGAUGAUCAUUUUUUGCCAAAUUUCUAAUUAAAAUUCCAAUUUUGGAGAAAUGUUCUUAAUGGAAAUAAAGUCGUUGUAGAAUCUGUAGAGCGAAGGAUAAGACUGGUUUAUAUGAGGGGCUUUAUUCAGUAAUUUUUAAGUUUAGAGGAAAUUAAUAAAUCAAUUUAAUUGAAUUUAAAUAUGACUCAGCUUUUGAUAUUAAAUUAGUAAAAAGGAAAAACUAUUUAAAAUUUCAAAGCAUCUUCAUUGUGAAAACAAACAUCAUCAUCAUAAUUAUUAUUGCUACCAUUACAAUUAGCUGGUAUGGAAUUUUAUUGUUUUCAGUUCUUUUAAUGCUCCUGUUUUAAAGUCAACACUCAGUUAUUCAAGUGUUGUUUUUAUAAUUGCUUACACUGAGAUACUUCAUGAGUAGGCCUUGCUUGUCUGAUAUAGUAGAUAGAAUUAUGGGACAUAAGAUAUAGAUGCUGUUCCUUGGAUGCAACCCUUUUCUUAUUGGCCAGGAGCUCCUCUCAUCUUUCACUCGUAUUUGAAACAGAGCAGAGAUGAAUGUUAGAUAAGAAUAUUGUUUGUCCAUUAUUACUGUCGUCCUUUCUAAAUGUGUUCAAGCAAAUUAUUUAUUUAUUCAUUUUACCUUUGUUAUUUUUAUUUUUUCACAGUUGCCCUCCUCCUGUCCUGCCCUCCCUCAAUCCCUUAUCCCAUUCCUCCUCCCCAUGUCUCCAAAAGGAUGUCUCCCUGCAACCACCACACUCCUGUCAGGCCUCCCCCACUCCCUGGGGUCCGGAGCAUUAGACUCCUCUUUGCCUACUCCCACUGAGGCCAGACCUGGCAGCACUCUACUGUAUAAGUGUCAGGGAUCUCAUAUCAGCUGGUGUAUGCUGCUUGGUUGGUGGCUCAGUGUCUGUGAGAUCUCAAGGAUCUGGGUUAGUUGGGACUUCUGGCUGUCCUAUAGGGUCACCCUCCUCAGCUUCUUCCAGCCUUUUCCUAAUUCAACCUCAGGACUCCCCAACUUUAGUCCAUUGAUUGGGUGUAAAUAUCUGCAUCUCUCUCAGUCAGCUGCUUGUUGGGCCUCUUAGAGGGCCAUGCUAGGUUCCUGUCUGUAAGUACACUAUAGCAACAGUUAUAGUUAGCAUCAGGCUUUGGGGCCUUCCCUUGAGAUGGAUCUCAAGUUGGCCUUGUCACUGGACCUCCUUUCCCUCGGCCUCUUUUCUAUUUUUUCCCUGCAGUUCUUUUAGACAGAAUUUUUAUAGCUUCCUUCUCUUCAAUUCUUAACCAAAAAUGUACUUUCUUACUUAAUUCUUAAUGAAAAAGAUUGUGAAUUAAUUUUGAAAAAUUAGAGUGUACUGAAAGCUGCAAAGAAGGAAUAAAUGGCAUAUGGAGAUUUCUUAAAAGUAUGUACUUUCUUAAAAGUUGGUACUCUGGAGUCCUUUACCUAUAAUUUUUAUAAAAUUGUUUCUACAUAUUAAAGUAGCAGUGUGUGAUCACUUGCUUAUUAUGGUGAGAAGUGUCUUUUAUAGUGUGUGUGUGUGUGUGUGUGUGUGUGUGUGUGUGUGUGUGUGUGUGUGUAUGCUAUGUGUGCACACACACAGGUGGGUGAAUGUGCAUAUGCAGGAACACAUCUUUUCAUGCCUGUGGAUGUCAGAACUCAACCUCAUCUGUUGUCUCUCAGGUUCUAUUCACCUUUUUGAGACAGUCUCUUAAUAGCCUGGAGCUUGUCAAAUAGUUUAGGCUAAAUGUCCAGUGAGCUUUAGGGAUCUGCCUGUCAUAGUAUCUUCAACAGUAAGUUUAUAAUCUUUACUACCAUAUCCAUUUUAUCUUUUAUUAAAUUAUAUUUUUUUCAAGUGUGGCUUCUGUGGAUGAAAUUCAGGUCCUCGUUCAUCCAAGGCGUUUUCUCCACAGUCUUGCUGACCCAUGUCAUUACUGAAAACGGUUUUGAUUGAGGAGUCAAUACCUAAGUUAGAGAUCAGAUCAGUCUGAAAACAAACAUUUUAUAGCAAAUAGAAAGAUUCCUAAUCUGCUGAGAAAAACAUUUACCAUGGUAUAUUAAUGGCAUUGUUGGUAAACAAGGUUUUACUUUCUAUGUAAAGACAGGGACUUCUUUACUGCUGGGACUCAUCAUCUCCUGUCUCCUCAGGGGAGCUUUUGAUGGCUGGCACACAUGCCUUUCAUCUCCUCUGCCUUCCCUGGUCUCCUUCAGUCCUGAUGCUCAUUCCUUUUCUCAGGCUUAAAAAGUUUGUAUAGAUAAUGAACUUUCUAAGACAACAGCAACCGGGUAAUUCCAACUAAUAGUCCCAUUGUCUUGUUUGAAGGUUUACUAUGGGCUUGUCACUGUUUGGACAACCAUAGUACUGACUCCAGUGUUUCUGAUGAUACUUGAGUAAUCAACAUAUGGACUGGAGUUACAGGCAUUAUAAGCUGCUCCAUGAGUGCUGGGAAUUGAACUUGGAUCCUCUAGAAGAACAGAUGGAGAUCUUAACAGCCGACCCAUCAUUCUAGCACCUGAUAGUGUGUGGCUAAUCCUCAAUGUUAUCUGGACUUCUGUUCAUGUUAUUUUCCCCAUCUUUUAUAAUGUACCUAUAACUCUUUGUUUUUCACUUUUUAUUUUAAUACUCUAUUUGUUCUAUAUCUAAUCAAUGUAGGAACCUUCUAGUCUUUUCAUUUUCUUACCUCUUUGCAAGAACCGGCUUCUUACCUCAAUUCAAAUUUACUCAUUGAUGGUAGUGCAGGCACCUGAAGAAUUCUUCAGUGUGUAACUACUCAUUCUUGGGAGCAUCCUGAUUUUUAAAAAUUACACUAUGUAGCUUGUGGUUGUAUAAUCCAUGAGUUUCAUCUUAGUUACAUCAAUACAUUUGUUUCUAAUGUAGAGCUUCUAUUAUUUUAAAGCUUAAAGGUGGCUCUCAGUGGGCAGCAAGGGCAGUCCUAAACUGUAACAAGGCCUUCAGUGUUCUAGACAUAUGUCACAGUGAAAUAGUUCCUCAGUGGAAAGAGAGAAUAGUGACCUAUGCUAUAAGAUUUCAGAUAGGGCUAUUCCAGCAUCUUAGAGUAGGGAGGAAGCUUGUCCAAAGGGCUGCAGUGUCCUGCAGAAGAGGAUAGUCUGAGGAGUUGUGAGGAAUUGGGGAGAAGGUGUGCCUGUGAGCGAGAGGGUCAUUUUGGAAGUGUGGCGCUCCCAGGAAUGUCUUCCCACCUUAAUACCUGUCAGGUGUCCAUGUGGGAAUGGGGGUGGGGAGUGUGUGGAGCUCUAAAGCUCUUGCUUCUUAUGCAGGGUCCCCUCGUAGGGCUCUCCUUGCAUAUCACUUACACAUCAAGGAGCACGUUCCCUUAAAUGUAAGUUAGAAAAUGGGCUUACGGGAAAUAAGGGCAAUGCUCUCCAUGCUCUUUGCCCUCCUUUAUUUAGUUGGGUAGUGAUACUGAUUUGGGGGAUAGUAGUAAAGGAAGGGUGCCUGUGAGCCCUUCCUUGCUCACACUGCACCAGAGUAUGGAAUUUAACUGGUUUUUUGUUUUGUUUUGGUUUGGUUUUUUGUUUUUGGAGACAGGGUUUCUUUCUGUAGUUCUGGCUGUCCUGGAACACACUUUGUAGACCAGGCUGGCCUCGAACUCAGAAAUCCGCCUGCCUCUGCCUCCCGAGUGCUGGGAUUAAAGGGGUGCGCCACCAUGCCCGGCUUUUUGACCUUGUCACUUUACAUGAUUUCAAUCUGUCAGGAUGUCUUUGAGGGAAUGCAUUCUCAGCCAGUCUGCAGCAAGGGUUAAUGAGCCUUCCAGAUGAUUUGCUUUGCAGACAUUCUCUCUCUCUUUUUUUCUCUAAUUCCAUAAUCCUUAGAUAUGGUGGGGGAUGCACUUCAAAGUGAGCACUUCAGAUUUACUUCAAAUACCAGCCAUUUAAGUAGCUCAGGAAACGGCCUGGUCCAGGGUUCUGGGGCAGCAGUGUUUUAUAUUUGUUGCAGUCUUUCAGAGUUGGAUGGAAACAUCAAAAGCAUUUUGUUUCAUUAAAAAUCUGUCUCUUGGUCUAUAUUUUCUCCUCAUUUCUUGUCAAGUUUGACUUCCAGGACACAGUUCAUGGCUGCUCCUCCAGAGAGUGUUUAAAUUUUCCUUAUCCAGAGGCACACAUUUUCUCCCUUGUCCUGUCUGUUAAUUACUAAGCUCUAGAGGAAGAGUGGUCUGAGCCAGGGCCCCCAGUGGUGGAAGUUUCUAUAUCCGGUAAACUGGCUCUAUUCCAGUGCAGAAUAAUUUAUCAACAAAUGAAACACCAGCCACGUCCCACACGUCCUCUGCAUUAAAAUCCCCCCCUUCCCACCCAUACAGAGUUUCCUGGAGUAUGAGCUGACAUUCUCGUCCCUCCUCUUCAUUUUGUUGAAUCACUGGCGUCUGGCAUUUAUUAGGCUUCUUAUUAAUAGUAAUAAGAUGUUCAUUCAUUGAGUGUCUUGUGCUACAAACCAGAUACAGUCCCUCCUUCUGCUUCCCGGUUUGCCGUGGCAGGGAAAUUAACUGCAACACUGAUUUCUUGUCUGUAGCAUCAGAAAAGUUCAGAAGGACGGGGCUCGCUUUCGAAACCACGGCACACUUUGGCCAAGAAGGAAUGCACAACACAACGGAUGGAGUGGCCGGACGGGAGCAGCUCUUGGCUCAGCAAAGAAUGCACAGUAUGAUCAGCUCAGUGGACGUGAAAUCAGAGGUUCCUAUGGGCCUGGAGCCCAUCUCACCUUUAGACCUGAGGACAGAUCUCAGGAUGAUGAUGCCUGUGGUGGAUCCUGUCGUCCGCGAGAAGCAACUGCAGCAAGAGUUACUUCUUAUUCAGCAGCAGCAGCAGAUCCAGAAGCAGCUCCUCAUAGCAGAGUUUCAGAAGCAGCACGAGAAUUUGACAAGGCAGCAUCAAGCACAACUCCAGGAGCACAUCAAGGAACUUCUAGCCAUAAAACAACAGCAAGAACUCCUAGAAAAGGAGCAGAAACUGGAGCAGCAGAGGCAAGAACAGGAAGUAGAGAGGCAUCGCAGAGAGCAGCAGCUUCCUCCUCUCAGAGGCAAAGAUAGAGGACGAGAAAGGGCAGUGGCAAGCACAGAGGUUAAGCAGAAGCUUCAAGAAUUCCUGUUGAGUAAAUCAGCAACAAAAGACACUCCAACCAAUGGAAAGAAUCAUUCCGUGGGCCGCCAUCCCAAGCUCUGGUACACGGCUGCCCACCACACAUCACUGGAUCAAAGCUCUCCACCCCUCAGUGGAACGUCUCCAUCCUACAAGUACACAUUACCAGGAGCUCAAGAUAGCAAGGAUGAUUUCCCCUUGAGAAAAACUGCCUCAGAGCCCAACUUGAAGGUGCGGUCCAGGUUAAAACAGAAAGUGGCAGAGAGGAGAAGCAGUCCCUUACUCAGGCGGAAGGAUGGAAAUCUUGUCACUUCAUUCAAGAAGCGAGUGUUUGAGGUGGCAGAAUCCUCGGUCAGUAGCAGCUCUCCAGGGUCAGGUCCCAGUUCACCAAACAAUGGCCCUGCUGGGAAUGUGACCGAAAAUGAGGCUUCAGCUCUGCCUCCCACGCCUCACCCCGAGCAACUGGUUCCACAGCAGCGCAUACUAAUUCAUGAAGAUUCCAUGAACCUGCUAAGUCUCUAUACCUCCCCGUCCCUGCCCAAUAUCACUCUGGGACUUCCAGCAGUGCCGUCCCCACUCAAUGCUUCUAACUCACUCAAAGACAAACAGAAGUGCGAGACACAGAUGCUCAGACAAGGUGUUCCUCUGCCCAGUCAGUAUGGCAGUAGCAUUGCAGCGUCCUCCAGCCACGUUCAUGUAGCAAUGGAAGGAAAACCCACCAGCAGCCACCAGGCUCUCCUGCAGCACCUACUGCUGAAGGAACAAAUGCGACAGCAAAAGCUUCUCGUGGCUGGUGGAGUUCCAUUACACCCUCAGUCUCCUUUGGCAACAAAAGAAAGAAUUUCACCAGGCAUUAGAGGUACCCACAAAUUGCCCCGCCACCGACCCCUGAAUCGAACCCAGUCUGCACCUUUGCCUCAGAGCACGCUGGCUCAGCUGGUCAUUCAGCAGCAGCACCAGCAGUUCCUGGAGAAGCAGAAACAAUACCAGCAGCAGAUCCACAUGAACAAACUGCUAUCGAAAUCUAUUGAACAACUGAAGCAACCAGGCAGCCACCUUGAAGAAGCAGAGGAGGAGCUUCAGGGGGACCAAUCCAUGGAAGACAGAGCAGCCUCUAAGGACAACAGUGCUAGGAGUGACAGCAGUGCUUGUGUGGAGGACACGCUGGGACAAGUUGGGGCUGUGAAGGUCAAGGAGGAACCCGUGGACAGCGAUGAAGAUGCUCAGAUACAGGAAAUGGAAUGUGGGGAGCAGGCUGCUUUUAUGCAACAGCCUCCCUUGCUGGAGUCCUCACGCGCGCGCUCACUCUCCGUGCACCAGACUCUGGCUGCAGUUGGCACCGAUGGAUUAGAGAAACAUGGUCUCCUCUCCCGGACCCAUUCUUCUCCUGCAGCCUCCAUGUCACCUCACCCAGCAGCCGACUGUCCCCGCCAGCCUUCCUCUGCCACUGGAAUUGCCUAUGACCCUCUGAUGCUGAAACACCAGUGCAUCUGUGGCAGCUCCACGACCCACCCUGAGCACGCCGGGCGGAUACAGAGCAUCUGGUCACGGCUGCAAGAAACGGGGCUGCUAAGUAAAUGUGAGCGAAUUCAAGGUCGAAAAGCCAGCCUGGAGGAAAUACAGCUUGUUCAUUCUGAACAUCACUCACUAUUGUAUGGCACCAGCCCCCUGGAUGGACAGAAGCUGGACCCCAGGACACUCUUAGGUGAUGAUUCUCGGAAAUUCUUUUCCUCGUUGCCUUGUGGUGGACUCGGGGUGGACAGUGACACCAUUUGGAAUGAGCUGCACUCGUCCGGUGCUGCACGCAUGGCUGUUGGCUGUGUCAUUGAGCUGGCUUCCAAAGUGGCCUCAGGAGAGCUGAAGAAUGGGUUUGCCGUUGUGAGGCCCCCAGGCCAUCAUGCGGAAGAGUCUGCAGCCAUGGGGUUCUGCUUUUUUAAUUCAGUUGCAAUUACCGCCAAAUACUUGAGAGACCAACUAAAUAUAAGCAAGAUAUUGAUUGUAGAUCUGGAUGUUCACCAUGGAAACGGUACACAGCAGGCCUUUUAUGCUGACCCCAGCAUCCUGUACAUUUCACUCCAUCGCUAUGAUGAAGGGAACUUUUUCCCUGGCAGUGGAGCCCCGAAUGAGGUUGGAGUAGGUCUGGGAGAAGGCUACAAUGUAAACAUUGCCUGGACAGGUGGCCUCGACCCCCCUAUGGGAGAUGUUGAGUACCUUGAAGCGUUCAGGACUGUCGUGAUGCCUGUGGCCAGAGAGUUUGAUCCAGAUAUGGUCCUGGUUUCUGCUGGAUUUGAUGCAUUGGAAGGCCAUACCCCUCCCCUCGGGGGUUACAAAGUGACAGCAAAAUGCUUUGGUCAUUUGACGAAGCAACUGAUGACAUUGGCUAAUGGACGUGUGGCAUUGGCUCUGGAAGGAGGACAUGAUCUGACAGCUAUUUGUGAUGCAUCGGAAGCCUGCAUAAAUGCCCUUCUAGGAAAUGAGCCUGGUCCUCUUGAGGAAGAUGCUCUCCACCAGUCCGUGAAUACGAAUGCAGCCGCUUCUUUACAGAAGACCAUUGACAUCCAAAGCAAGUAUUGGAAGUCAAUCAAGAUGGUGGCUGCUGCAAGGGGCGGUGCUCUGCCUGCUUCUCAGCUGCAAGAGGAGACAGAGACCGUUUCUGCGCUAGCCUCCCUGACGGUAGAUGUGGAACAGCCAUUUGCUCAGGAAGAUGGCAGAACUGCUGGUGAGCCCAUGGAAGAGGAGCCAGCCUUGUGAAGUGCCAAGUCUCCCCCGAUAUUUCCUGUGUGUGACAUCAUUGUGUAUCCCCCCACACACAACCCCAGCACCCUCAGACAUGUCUGCUGCCUGGGUGGCACAGUUUGAUGGAACAUAAACACUGGGCACAAAAUUCUGAACAGCAGCUUCCCUGGUUCUCUGGAUGCACUUGAAAGGGCAUUACAGAUUCCCGAAAUGUAACCACUGUGUAUCUAAAGUUACAGUAACCAGGAUUGGAAGAAACUGUUUCCAGCAUGCUUUUCUGCUGAUGACCCACUCCCAGACACAAAGUGUGAGCUAGAAACCUUCAAUACAGCAUUCGAUAUUGUUCAUUUCAGAAGCUAUGACAGCCAGUGAAAUUUGGGGCAAAUCCUGAGACGUACCCAUUCCUGACAUUCUGACCAGUGUCUUAUUGUGUAGUUUACUGUCAAGUAGACUUAAAUUGUUUACAGGACUUCUUUUCAGCUGUGAGUCGCUGGGAAUUACAGACAGAUUGCUGUGGGUUGUAGGGAGUUUUUUUCUCUUUGUUAUACUUUUGUUUUGUUUUGAACUUUUUGCCUUUGUUCUAAUACACUUCAAUCCCUCCUGGCAAGAAGGGACCUGGGAUAAGACGUUUUUCCUUUUUCCCUUUUUUUUUUGGGGGGGGGGUGCGGUGGAGCCAUGGUUUCCCUGUGUAGCCCUGGCUGUUCUGGAACUCAUGCUGUAGACCAGGCUGGCUCUGAACUCAGAGAUCCCCCUGCCUCUGUUCUAGGAUCAAAGGAAUGCACCACCAGCACCCAGCAACAAUGAGGCUUUUUUUUUCCUCGAUGGAAAAAAUAUUACAGUGUAUCUGACAGUUCAAAAGGAGUUUGCACACUACGCGGGCAAUGUGGCAGUAUUUUGUGUCUACUUUUACUGGAAAUUUACAUCUGUCUCAGGUUCUCACUCACAGUAUAUGAGCUUGCAGUCUUGACAGGUAAUGAGGUCGCACCACCCCCCAUGCAGCGCCACCUUGAGGACAGUGGCUCUGGAAGUGAAUCUCUUGGGAGCCAUGCAGCCCUUGCACAGCUCAGAACUUCUCAAGGGUGGUAGCUAGCUCCAGCUCUAUCUGGCGCUCAUUCUCUCUUCUUUCCUUCUCAGCCUUUCUUGUCACCCUUUUAGAAAACUCACCCCAACUUCCCCAUUACUCAGGCGAUUUGAGUAUUUUAUUUAUUUUCUUUACUUUUCGGGUGAACCCACUCGUGUUAUCUUCUGCUGUGGAACUACUUUAGUGGGUAUAGUUUAAGUGAUGCCACUGAAUUCCCAGGUCUUAGAAACAUGUCAAUGAAGAUGACAACGGUCUGAAGUCCUUUUGAAUGGGGCUAAGCUAAGAAUUGUGCCUUCACAUGAAAACUAACACAGAACUUAACCUUUGCACGGGUAGUAUUUCCAACAAAGGUUCAAAAUAAAGGACAUUUAAUUCUGAGAUUAAAAACAGCUUACUAAGUAAAAUAUAAACAAGUUAGCCCCUGCCUCUGAAAAUUGUAUUUCAGUGUAUAACUCAAAACACCUAAAGACAGUGAGUAGAAUACCUUGCAUAUUUAAUAUCUGACAGUGCUUUUGAACAUUGAUUUUUAAUGUAUUUUUCUUAACUCAAAGGAUAUAUUAAAGCCAUAAGUGAAGAUUGUCAUGCUUUUAUUCCGAAAUCUGAAAGAAACCUUAAUUAAAACAAGGUUUUAGGGAAGGCUAAGAUAUGAAAGACAUGGAACAAUGUGGUUUGAGUUAGGGAGGACUCCAACCUGUAAAUCAAAGAUGAAAGAUCUCACUCACGUAGAGUCACAUAACUCCCCUUUGUUAUACAGUCAGGCCACAUUUUUCAUGCAUUUGGUUUUUUUAGGAUUACCAUUUUAAUUUGUAAGACUUUUAUUACAGAUACAAAAAUGGCUUGGUUCUUGAUUUAACAUCUUAGAAAUCUGAGAUACCCUUUGAAAUAGGAAAUCUGAAAUGGAAUGUAACUUAGUAUUAGGUAAAAAUUGCUUACAUUGCAUAAGAAUUAAGUCAAUCUAGAUGCAUAAUUGUAAUAAAUUUCUUGUAAAUUCCAUUUUCUUGAUAUUUUAGAGAAAUUCAAUUAUAUUUGCUCUCUCUCUCUCUCUCUCUCUCUCUCUCUCUCAUGUGUGUGUGUUUAUGUGUGUGUGUGUGUAAUUAGCGAAGUUACUUUAAAAAUACCAAAGGCUUACAAAAGACCUUUUCCUUUUAAAGGGGGAAACGUUAUCAUACUUCGGAAGGUGUACACUUGUGAAGCUUUAAAAUCAGCUACAGAACCACAGGUCCCCAUGCUUGCUCUUCAGUCUUUGCAAAUACAUUUUAGAAGUUGGGUAAUGAAGCAAAACAGCAGGACUAUACUACUCUACUGAUGCCCCAGCAACGGCAUGGCCUCAGAGGCUGACAUGUCACUCGGACAAAGCCAAGUCACUGGGGCAUCUUCGUGGUAGUUUAGAUUUAAAAAAUACAUAUGAAAGCAUUAAUCGCACACUUCCUUCCCACCAUGUGACAACAGCCUGACUGACUGCAAUGCAAAGUAUCAGAACCCUGGGAGAGGAACAGAUAUGGUGCCUUCAGUUCUCGCUAUGACCCUCUGGGCAUAGUUUCAUUUGUUUAACUAAAAUCACAGAGGCCUUGAAAAUAAGGCAUCUCCUCCCACAAAAACUUCAAAUAUUAUGGGACUGGUCUCUCCUAAUAGUUCAGACUUGUUUUAUUUCUAGAGGCCAAUCACAAAGCUUUCUGAGUUCACUGGGUAUCUUUACAGACUCCAUAUGGGGAGUGAAUAUGAGUGACCCCGAGAGUCUCCUGGAAGAAAAGCCUUCUCCACUUAGCAUGUUUAAGCUUUUAUAAAUUUUAUUCCAUCACUUACAAUUAAGGCAAUUUAUGUAAUUGGUUUUUGUUAUUAUUUCCCAUUUAAGACUUUCCUCUAUUUGUCUCAGUGGAAGCAUGUUUUAAAAUCUAAUAGUCCAAAAGAAACCUGAAAGUGGAUCAUUCUGAACUUAAAAACAGCCGUUCUGUCAAAGUGGCACACUGUCUGUUCUAGUCUUAACAUUCUUUUUCUGCCUUUGGAAGUGAAAUAAUGUGCUCACUACGAGAGACAGAGAGAGAGAGAGAGAGAGAGAGCGAGAGAGAGAGAGAGCGAGCGAGCAAGAGAGAGAGAGAGCGAGAGAGAGAGCGAGAGAGAGAGAAAUGACAUAACUGCUUUACCACUUCCAUAAAGAGAGCAUUUUUACCACCAAAACAAAACAAAACACCUAGAAAACCAGAUUAAGGCUCAGAACAGAGGCAUUCCGUUGCCUUCGACGCUGCUCAUUACUUGUGGUGGUGGUCUCACUCAGCAUUAGCCCUUCUCUCUUCCCCAAGGACACUGCUAUAUUUUGGUCUCUAGUAGAAAUCUAAACUAUUUACUGCCAUGUAGCAGAACUUAUAUUGAGGAUUUCAUCAACUUCCUUAACACCAUCACUAAAAUAUUUAAAUGUGUAUGAUGUGGCUCUGUUAGUCAGAUGUAUUUCCAUUGGAAAUCAGAGACUUUGUCUCCCAGAGCCAACAUCUUGGUUCUGCUCUAUUGAAUAUUUCAUGAGUCACUGAGUGACUGUGUGUGACCAGAGGAUUGUGUGUGUGUGUGUGUGUGUAUGUAUAUGUAUAUAUACACAUCUCCACAUGUGCUAAAUAAGGUCAGUUGCUUUCCAGAAUACUGGGACCAAGGGCCAUUACAUUUACUGCUGUACACCCUGCUCUUUGAUGGAGAUAGCAUUUUGUAACAGAUGACAAGGCUGUUCCAGCAAUUGAGGCCUUUAUUAACCUAACAUUUAAUAAAAAUGAAAAAAAACAAAGGAUUUAAAAGCUUUAUAACCUGAAGAGAAAUUUUACUUCUUUGUGUAUGCAGAGAUUUUUUAAAGAGAGAGAAAGAGGGGGGGGGAGAGAGAGAAGUCAGUUAUCUCUUUUUAAAUUGUAAGGUUCUCAAACUCUUUCUGGAUGAGUGGCCUCAGUGCAGACCUUCACUUCAGUGCAGAAGCUGGGUGAGAUGAGACUGUCUUUCCAGUGGUAACUGGGCUUAGCAAGUGUACCAUCCAAAAUGACAGACCUUUGUGUAGGAUAUGUGCCAGGCAGUCUGUGUCAUUCAAAACUAAUAACCUGACAUUUCAAAUCAGUUGGACUCUUCAGGCAAAUAUGCAACAAAAGCGUUUAUUAUUUUGCUGAUUAAAUGCUACACCAGGAUUGCUGGAGUGAAUGCUGAUAACCUGGAGUUUCUGGUUCCUGUAAUGUGAAUGUGUCUUUUGUAUCAUGGUCUUGUAUCUGUUAACGUAAGAAGAUCAAUUGAUUCUCCUCUGUGAACAAGUUGUUUUGCCCUUAAUUUUUUUUUUUUUACUUUCAUCAAAAUCUGUCAUCCAGAACAGAAAAGUAUGCAUUGCCAAACAUGAAGUUGUUCUGCCAGUGGUGUGCGCCCAGAUGUGCAAGCUAGUGCCUAAUAAAGAAUGAAAAACUAAUAACAGCACCAUUGUUGCACACGCCUUUGGAAUGUUCACCUCCUUUCCGCUUCCCUCCUGUUUUGUUGUGUUGUGUUGUGUUUUGUUUUGUUUGUAUUUGGAAACACGGUAUCAUGCUCCAAAGGGUGGCUGAUGUUGUUAGUGUCACCACGCCUUCAGAAGAACAAUGACGCCCAUUUUGUGUUUUCUACUGAUUUCCUCUAGUCCCAUGUGAAUAAAAGCUAUUUGAAAUAA